AGACAGUCAUGGGUAUAUAGGUAGGCAAUGUGGACCAAUCUGCCUUGCUCUGGGGAGGGUGGAAGACAGGAAACAACAGGGCUGAGAGAGAGGGUGUGUGUGUGAGAGAGGCGGAGGAAAUUUAAAAAGACUAAAUUGACAGUUGUCAGACUUGACCAUGGGGCUGGGAAGAGGGAAAGAUGAUUACAAACUGGCGGCAACCACGGACGGUGGGGACAAGAAGACGAAGAAAGCUCAAGCAAAGAAGGACAUGGACGAUUUGAAGAAAGAAGUUGACCUGGAUGAUCACAAAUUAACCUUGGAUGAACUUCAGAGAAAAUAUGGAACUGACCUAACCAGAGGUCUUUCCAACAGCAGAGCAAAGGAGAUCCUGCUCCGAGAUGGCCCCAACGCCCUCACGCCUCCUCCCACAACGCCAGAAUGGGUCAAGUUCUGUAAACAGCUGUUUGGGGGUUUCUCAAUGCUGCUGUGGGCUGGUGCUUUCCUCUGUUUCUUCGCUUUCACUGUCCAGUCUAUAACACAAAGUGAAAUGGUCAAUGACAACUUGUACCUGGGUAUUGUGCUUACAUUUGUGGUCGUCAUCAGUGCAUGCUUUUCCUACUACCAAGACGCCAAGAGCUCCAGGAUCAUGGACUCCUUUAAGAACAUGGUCCCACAGCAAGCCCUGGUCAUCCGUGAAGGCGAGAAGAAGAUGAUCAACGCUGAGGAGGUGGUGGUUGGCGAUUUGGUGGAGGUGAAAGGUGGAGACAAGAUCCCCGCUGAUUUUAGACUCAUCUCUGCUCAUGGCUGCAAGGUGGACAACUCCUCUCUGACUGGUGAAUCAGAGGCUCAGAGUCGCGGUCCCGAGUUGUCCAGCGGCAACCCUUUGGAAACCAAGAACCUUGCUUUCUACUCCACCAACUGUGUUGAAGGUACUGCCAGAGGGGUUGUCAUCAACACCGGAAACAGAACCGUCAUGGGUCGUAUUGCCUGCCUGGUUUCCAGUCUGGAGGUCGGCCAAACUCCCAUUGCCAUAGAGAUCGACCACUUCAUCAACAUCAUUACUGCCGUGGCGUGCACCCUGGGUGCUGCCUUCUGUAUCCUCUCAAUGUUCCUCGGAUACACGUGGCUGGAGGCCGUCAUCUUCCUCAUCAGUAUCAUUGUUGCCAAUGUGCCCGAAGGUCUCCUGCCUACUGUCACUGUUUGUCUGACCCUGACUGCCAAGCGUAUGGCGAAGAAGAACUGCCUGGUGAAGAACUUGGAAGCUGUCGAGACCUUGGGCUCCACCUCCACCAUCUGCUCCGACAAGACUGGCACCCUGACCCAGAACAGGAUGACGGUAGCCCACAUGUGGUUUGAAAACCAGAUUUAUGAGGCAGACACCACAGAGAACCAGAGUGGAGCCUCUUUUGACAAGAGCUCUACCACCUGGACUGCCCUGGCCAGAGUCGCUGGGCUCUGCAACCGUGCCGUCUUCUUGGCAGAGCAGUCCAACGUUCCCAUUCUGCAGAGAGAUGUAGCCGGUGACGCCUCAGAAUCUGCCUUGCUGAAGUGUAUUGAGCUGUGCUGUGGAUCCGUUCGCGGCAUGAGAGACAAAUACCCCAAUAUUGCUGAGAUCCCCUUCAACUCCAUCAACAAAUACCAGCUCUCCAUCCACAAGAAUUCAACUCCCGGAGAGACCAAGCACCUGCUGGUGAUGAAAGGUGCCCCUGAGAGGAUUUUGGACCGCUGCUCCACCAUCAUGAUACAGGGCAAGGAGCAGCCUCUGGACGAAGAGCUGAAAGAUGCUUUCGAGAAUGCCUACGUUGAGCUGGGAGGACUUGGAGAGAGAGUUCUGGGUUUCUGCCAUUUAAACCUGCCUGAUGACCAGUUCCCAGAGGGCUAUAAAUUCAACACUGAUGAGAUGAACUUUCCUACUGAAAACCUGUGUUUCAUUGGCCUCAUGUCCAUGAUCGACCCUCCUCGUGCUGCUGUGCCUGAUGCUGUCAGCAAAUGCCGGAGCGCUGGAAUUAAGGUUAUCAUGGUCACAGGUGACCAUCCCAUCACAGCCAAGGCGAUCGCUAAAGGUGUGGGUAUCAUCUCUGAAGGCAACGAGACAGUUGAAGACAUUGCUGCCCGCUUGAGUAUACCAGUCUCAGAGGUCGACCCCAGGGAUGCCAAGGCCUGCGUUAUCCACGGCAGUGAGCUGAAAGACAUGAGCCCCGAGAUGCUUGACGAUGUCCUGAAACACCACACUGAAAUCGUCUUCGCCAGAACCUCCCCUCAGCAGAAACUUAUCAUUGUGGAAGGUUGCCAGAGACAGGGAGCCAUUGUGGCUGUGACAGGUGAUGGUGUGAACGACUCUCCAGCUCUGAAGAAGGCCGACAUUGGUGUCGCCAUGGGGAUUGCUGGAUCUGACGUCUCCAAGCAGGCCGCUGACAUGAUCCUGCUCGACGACAACUUUGCCUCCAUUGUUACCGGAGUGGAAGAAGGCCGUCUGAUCUUUGACAACUUGAAGAAGUCCAUCACCUACACUCUGUCGAGUAAAAUACCUGAGAUGACACCUUUCCUCUUCUUCGUCAUUGCCGACAUCCCUCUGGCCCUGGGAACCGUCACCAUCCUCUGUAUUGACCUGGGAACUGACUUGGUCCCUGCCAUCUCCUUGGCCUAUGAAGGACCUGAGAGUGACAUAAUGCAGAGAAAGCCCAGAAACCCUGAAGUUGACAAACUGGUGAAUCAAAGACUCAUUAGCGUGUCCUAUGGACAGAUUGGUGUGCAGCAGGCCAUAGCUGGCUUCUUCACAAACUUUGUGAUCCUGGCUGAAAAUGGUUUCCGCCCCUUGGACUUGCUGGGGAUCAGAGGGUUUUGGGAAGACAAAAGUAUAAACGACCUCGAAGACAGCUAUGGACAGCAGUGGACUUAUGAGCGCAGAAAGAUCCUAGAGUUCACGUGUCAAACAGCUUACUUCGUCAGUAUUGUAAUCAUCCAAGUGGCCGUUCUAAUCAUCUGUAAGACCAGGACGAUCUCCAUCAUGCAACAAGGAAUGAAGUCCAACCGUGUCCUCAUCUUUGGUCUGUUUGAGGAGGUAGCUCUGGCUGCCUUCCUGUCAUAUUGCCCGGGCACAGACGUUGCCCUCAGAAUGUAUCCUCUCAAGCCAUCUUGGUGGUUCUGUGCCCUCCCUUACACGCUCCUCGUCUUCCUGUUCGACGAAGCCAGACGAUAUUGCAUCAGACGGUACCCAGGCGGUUGGGUGGAAAAGGAGACAUUGUACUAAGACAGCAAGACACAAGUUAUUUAUUACCAUGUUACCUCACUGUCUGAGAUGUUAGUCAAACCCCAAAGCACAAAGCAUGGAUUAAUUAAAAACUACAUGUAUUUAUUGAAUGUUCCGAUCUAUAUGUCAUUCACAAUAAAACAUUUUCCGUAACAUUGUA